AUGGUCGCCAAGAUGCUGCGGUGCGCGGUGCAGCCCCGCGCGACGCCCUCGUCGGCGGGUGGCUCGAAUAUGGCGACGAUGACGAUCACCAAUGGCGCCGCGGCGUCGGGCAGGUUGCACGACCAGAGCCAAGCGUCCUACCUUGCUGCCUACGCUCGUGUCGGCUCCAACUUGGUGGCCGGCUGUCUGAUCCUUCUUUCGCUCUUGACACUCUCCGUCCUCGGCAUGUUUGACCGGCUCGUGGUCUCCGUCAACGCCCAGACCGAGACAUAUUUUUGGGCCCCCUUUGGGCAGAGCUGCCUCCUCACAGCAUCGGGCUUUGUGCCCGAGAGCUGCAGCGCGGACGAAGUCAAUGCAACGAGCCUCACUGUAUGGACGGCGGUUGGUCACAUCUUGGCGCAACAGUGGGCUCGCGAACUGGAAGCAUCACCGACGCUGCGUGUUACGACGUGCAUCAUUGGUGGCACCUCCAGCGUUGGCUGGGCCAACCUGCAGCUGGUCGCAGGUUAUGACGCAUUUCCCGAAUGCCUGCCGACCAACGGCGCGCAGCCGGUCGCCGGGAUGGCCAUGCUCGAAACCACGAUUCGAGAGGCGUUUGUGGAAGGUGUUUACCUUAUGACGCUCUACUCUGACUUGGACCCUGCGAUGAAUACGGUGCACCUCCACGUGAGCUCGGACGGCUCGAAAGCCAAGCUCAUGAAGGACCCAGCACGCACAAUCAUUACGCAAGACGGUGUGGCGCUGGCGGACGCCUUUGGCACGGACUACAUCAUCAACUCGUACCCGCUGGGCCCUUGGUUCCACGUUGUGGGCUACUGCCACACGGAAAUCGAAGAAGUGAGCGAUCUCGGGCUACCUGGGUGGAGCCAAGGCAAGUCGUCGGGGCACGCGAUCUGCCCGGGCUGGAACUGUGGGCACCAAGUCGAGAACGCGACGGCACUGAUUGCGCUGCAGCUCUGCCUUUCGGUGCUGACUCUCGCGCUCCUCGGCGGCGACAUUUACGUCACGUGGCAAGGACUGCGCGGUCUUCUCCGCCACAAGCCAGUGCUAACAUAUGCUCUCCUUUCUGGCCUCGAGCGUCGCAAGGUGCUACUAAGCUUUAUCGCGCUCAACGCCGCCCCGUCGCUUUUGUAUCUCGACGUCUCGCGGAUCUACUUUUUCACGACCAACGGAUUCAAGAUUUGGUCUCUCUCAGCCGCGAUGCUCGGCAACUGCGUCGCAUUUGGUUGCCUUUUCAUUCUCUCGCUCGUGGGCAUGCUGCCGGCUCCGCGCAUUAUUCAGGAUUACUGCAUCAGCUACUCGGCCCCCGCUUUCCUCUUUUGCACGAUUGGGGGCGUCGCCUUCAAACUCUGUGACAUGGACCUCUUCCGAUUGGUGUACAACCAAUUUUACGCCGCACCGCCGUACCUCGGAAUGUAUGUCAAUCAGGCCACCUGGCCCAGUGGCGCGUACGUGGCAGAAGGCACACCGGCCGUCGCAACUCUUCUCUCGUCGCUGGUUGCCUACCCGAUCUUGAUUGCCUUGGGUGCCUCGAUGCUGCUCUCGAUGGGACACCGCCGGCUGCGCUCCCGCGGAUUGCUUCUUCACACACAGUGGUGCACAGCCAACUCGUUCUUACGCUACGCCAAACGCCCGCAGUAUAUCACGUCAUUGCCACUCGAAGAGUCGAAUGCUAUCAAAAUUGGCGCCAAACUCUUUUGCAAGCCAAGUACGAUGGCUCUCAUGGGCUAUGGCAUCGUCGCUGAAGCGGAGGCGGACCCGACUCCGGACGCUGCCAUGAAGCGCCCACAGACGACGUUUGUUUUGGUGAGCAUCUACGCGCUGCUGCCCGCACUUCUCCGCAGUGGUUGGCGCAUGCCAGUGCUCAUCGCGGGCGUCAUUCGCGGCAACCAGUUCGAACCUACCAAAGGCAAAACCACACUUGACCGCACGCGCGAGUAUGUGCACAAACGCGGAUCUUGCGUCACGUAGACU